GUUAUUAACAAAAAAACAGUUUGGAUUUGAAAAUGGGUUUUACUGUCUGUUUGGUCAAAUCUGGAAUCUGAAGGUCCUCCUUCUUCCUUGAAACAAUCUCUCAUUUCUGAUCUAGUCUAGACACAGAGCUACAGAUAUUUCUCUGACAUAGAUUUUACUCAAAGGGAUGUAAGAAAUUCCAAACAGAGGGUCUGAGGUUGUUUCUUUGCAGAUUUAGACAUCUUGGAGAAUACCCAUUGAGGAAACUCUGCUUGAUUGGAAACUGGGUGCUAGCUUCUUCAUCACAUCAACUUUACAAGGUUUUAUCUUGGCAAAAGUGAGUUAUGGUGGAGGAGGAGAACAUCGAAGCCCCUAUUGAGGGUUUGGAGGAAGAGGAUGAACCCCAAGGAGGGAUCUUUGAACAAUUCUGGGCUCCAAUUGGUUGGUUUAAGAUGCUUGCCAUGGAAAUGCAUUGGAGCUUUGUGUUUGGAGUGGUGGUUGUUUACGGGAUAAGCCAAGGAUUGGGAGGAGCUCUGGCUCGGGUUGGGACCGACUAUUAUAUGAAGGAUGUUCAACAGGUGCAGCCUUCUGAGGCUCAGAUUUAUACCGGGAUUACUUGGAUUCCUUGGAUCGUCAAGCCUCUAUGGGGAAUUCUCACCGAUGUUCUCCCCAUUUUUGGUUAUCGAAGAAGACCUUAUUUCAUUCUAGCCGGUGUGCUUGGUAUGGUUUCAAUGCUUUUGAUAUCUUUACAUGGGAAGCUCCAUAUUGUGUUUGCCUUAAUGGCGUUGACAGCAGGAAGUGCUGGAGUAGCAAUAGCAGACGUGACUGUUGAUGCUUGUGUGGCACAGAAUAGCAUCAGUCAUCCUUCUCUUGCAGCUGAUAUCCAGAGUUUGUGUGCUUUGAGCUCUUCCAUUGGAAAUUUAGUUGGUUUCUUCAUUAGUGGCAUCUUUGUUCACCUGAUUGGCCCUAAGGGAGUGUUUGGCCUGCUGACAAUCCCAGCCGCACUUGUAUUUUCAGUUGGAAUUCUGCUUGCUGAAUUCCACAUACCAAAUUUUUGUUAUAGACAGGUAAAGCAGAUGUUCCUUGAUGCCGGAAGGUCUAUGUGGACAACAUUGAAAUUGCCUGAUGUCUGGAGACCAUGCCUGUAUAUGUAUUUAUCUCUUGCUGUCAGCUUGAAUGUACAUGAGGGAUUGUUCUAUUGGUACACAGACUCAAAGGGAGGUCCCCAUUUCUCUCAGGAAACUGUUGGGUAUAUAUCCUCCGUGGGUUCCUUGGGUGCCCUCUUAGGAGCAUUACUCUACCAAAAUGUGCUGAAGAAUCAUCCUUUCAGGGACUUGCUUUUCUGGACACAAUUGCUGUAUGGUUUAUCUGGGAUGAUGGAUUUGAUCUUGGUGUUGAGAUUAAACUUAAAAUUUGCCAUCCCAGAUUACUUCUUUGUUGUGAUUGAUGAAGGCGUGUCUGGGAUGAUCAAUAGGCUCAAAUGGAUGCCUCUGCUUGUCCUCAGCUCCAAACUCUGUCCCUCAGGCAUUGAAGGCACAUUCUUUGCCUUGCUUAUGUCAAUUGAUAACAUAGGACUUCUGUCAUCAUCAUGGGGAGGAGGAUUCCUACUUCACAUGUUGAAGGUUACACGAACAACGUUUGAUAAUCUCUGGCUAGCAAUAUUGAUCAGGAACAUAUUGAGAGUCUCUCCACUUUGUCUGUUGUUUUUGAUCCCAAGAGGAGAUCCAAACUCUACCAUACUUCCUAUUGAAAGAGUGAGCAGCACCGGUGAGAAGGAAUAUCUAGAAAAUGAAAGCAUUGAAUUAGUUUCCCUUGUUAACAAUGUUGAUCCUAGAUAGCCAAUACAACAAUUAAUUCUUCAUUUACAAACCCAAUAUGAAUACCAUUUUAACAAUUUAUUAUUAUUAUUAUUAUUGUUUUUGGCAAAAAGGGCAAGUCGGCCCUUAUACUCUACGUUUUAACAUUGGUUUUUUUUUUUUUUUUUGGGAAAUUAUUAUAAAUGAUAAUUCUCAAU